AUGCCAGAAUUACCGAAACUGCCCAAGCGACGAGGCCGCAUAGCCCGCUCAUGCGAUGCUUGCUACUCUAGGAAGAUCAAGUGCGACGCCGCCGCUCCCAAGUGCGACUGGUGCUCCCAUCAUCGUCUCGCAUGUACCUACGAUCGGCUCUCCAAGCUAGGUGCUGCAGUUGCGACCGCGGCGCCUUCCGGUCGUGAGGGGCUGGUUGAGACCUUCGCGCCUGCCUUCGCUCACAAUCUGCAGCUGGCCGGCCGCUAUCUGGGCAACAUCUGCACCUUCGACGGCACUCCCUUCUUCUCGAAGGGCGGCCGCGAAUGGGUUUAUCAUUGCACUGGCGAAAUAUUCUGUCCAGAAUACCUUCCGUCCGAGUUGCCACAGUCACUUCAACCUCCCAUGGCGGUCGCUUCCGACCUCCCAUUGCCUGAUCUGACCUUUCUUAACGAAGAAAUCCGCCAGUAUCUAGCCUCUCCUCUUGGAUUGUUUUUUCCUGUCGUCAACCGUGCCCUGUUUGAGAGUACUGUUGAUGCUGCCUACUCCCAGAGGUACUCCUCAACGUCUCCGGGACCGCACAGUGCCAGGGCAUGUAUUUUCGCACUCAUGUCCUUGACUGCCUUGUCCGUUCAUGGGCCCAGGGGAUAUCCUCUCAAGUACAGCGACCAGCAUGCCCGAGAAGCUCACCGGUUGUUACCCAAGGCUCUUGAGGAACCGGUUUCCUUAGACGGCUUCCAGACUCUUUUAAUCCUGUGUCUUUGUGCUCAAGGACUCGCCGGUGACUUUCACACCGUCGACCAGUUGCUGUCAGCAGCUGCGCGAUACGCUUGCUACCUCAAGGGCCAUAUCUCGCCUGCGGCCGCAUGGGAGAAACCGUCCGAUAGUAAUUCUCACAUCCGACGACUCUUCUGGAUCGUCUACGUUUGUGACAAGGGACUAAGUAUGGUGACCGGACUUCCGCCUCGGCUGGAAGAUGCACACUGUGAUUUAGACCUCACGCAAUGUCUGCAUGGCGACCCUGACCCAGGAUCCGAUCUCCACACCUAUGUUCAGCUAGCGUUCAUCCAGUCCAGGAUCCAGCGUGAUUUAUAUUCGCCGAUCGCUCUUCAGCAGCCGGAAGCAAAUAUCCUCCGAACCAUCCGGGACCUAGAUCAUGAGCUCGACAUGUGGAAGCGUUCGCUCAAGUCCAGCAAUCAGCCGACCCUGCUCGCAGGCGGACGGGAUCCCCUACACAAUACUGACGUGCGAUUUUCCAUCUUCCAUCUCCAGUACCACCAUUGCAUGGUCAUGAUCCACCAGACCAGCAGUCGCUGCGCUUCGUGGGUACAAAACAAGAAUGCACGAGACCCCAGUUCGAGUCUUGCCAUCUCCGUCACAGCCAGUCGGUCGCUUUUGCAACAGUUCGUGGCUUCAAGCCUGGAUCUGGGCCCGGCGAAUCUCCUGUUCUCCAUCUCCUACUUUAUUCAAGCGAUCAUCGUAUUGUUUUGCAACGUCCUGUGCAAUCCCCUCGACGACGACUGCCAGGGCGAUCUCGACCUUAUCGGCGCUAUUCCAUCGUUUUUGGAUCGACAGCAUUUAGGAGAGACGCCCAGAUCCUACGCCACCAGACUAGCUUCGGCUCGCAAAAUUAUUCUCGAAUUAAAGCGCUUGGCCCAAUGCGCUAUAAACAAGGCCAACGAACAUAUACCGUACCUAUCUACGCAAGAGCAUCUAUCUAUGCAAUGA